UCAUCUUAAGAUAGACGACUGUGGAAGCAUCCCAUUAUCUUUAGUUUAUUUGGAUGCACAUCCCGAAAUGACUUUAUAAUUUUUAGAAAUUAAAAAGCAAGAAAUUAGUUUGAAUGUAAAAUUUCAGAAUGACUUUUACAAGCAGAAAAAUGAACGUUUUUGCUUCCAACUUCUUCUUUGGGAGAAACAGAAGCAUUUAUGGUAUCAAAACCGUAAGAACCGUGGGUGUUUCGAAUCUUUGGAUUGCAUUCUGAGAAUUUUUUCUUGGAAAAAAAAAAGUGCAAGUUAGGUGUAGCAAUACAAAUCGACUUUUUUGCUUAUAACUUCGACUUCUUUUGCUUGUUUGAAUUCGCGUCGAGGCAGAAUUCCCGUCAAUGUGGCUUAGUCGAAUUGAACCCUAAAACAUUCGGUGUAGAAAUCUCAACUAUUGCCUACCACCUCCACAUCUCUGAUUCCAGCACUUAAGCUUACUAAGGGGGUGGAAUUCUGAAGAACCGACAGAAUAUAUACCCGGCCCAACACAAUUGUAGAAAAGAAGUUCAAUUUGCGUCUGCAUCCGGAGAGUAUUAUUGACUGUUGUUCUUGAUGUCGGAAAACCAUCGUUUCCAACAUUUCGUGAGAGCUUUCUAGGAAAGAAGAUUGGGAGAGCAGCUCCUUCUGCAGAACCAAGUUCAGCACUGUUAUGGCAAAUGCAGACAUUCCUGAAUAACAACAAGAUACGGUCGUGCUCACUGCUCAACGAAUUGGACUUUGUAGGACAGAGCACAUGGUUGAAGGUUGUUAGACAAAUUAUAAUGGUGGGAAUGUUGGAACAUAGAAAAGUGGCAUCGGGCUUGCUUUUGCCCUACCAACGAUUUGACUUUGAAAGAAUCUUCCAUGCAUUGGAUGGUCUUACUGUGACAAUCCGAUUGUUAGACCCAGCGCUCCAUGGAUUUCUCCCUAAAGGAGAUAGAUGUCGACACUGGUGUGACCCACGAUAAAGCUAUCUCAAGCCUACGCGUGGUUUACGUGAUGAAUUUGCAACCAACAUUUGGGAUAUGGAUGACAUAAACCUGUUAACCACUAUUGAUGCUGUUGGAGGCCUACCACCAAACCCACGAGUCCGCGUAAAGGGAACCUUAUUAGCUGUAGCUGCAAGUGAUAAUACAGUAAAAUUAUUGGCGACGACAGAUGGACUUUGUUUGAUGCACACAUUUGGAAAUUGUUCUUUUGAUACGUCACGAGUUGCAUCUGAGACUUUAACCAAGGUUCAAGUCUUUGUAAUACCACAAUCGAAUCAUCGAAGACCAUGCGUCAAAAGACGAUACAGGUCGCCAGCUAUCACCCUAAAAGAAAUGGAGGAAGCAACCAACAAGUUCAGACAGAGCGGACAAUUAAGUUGUCCAAGAUGGGAUGACUAUGCUGCCACAUUAGGCAAAAGACGUUACAAAUGAUCUGUUACAAAUGAAAAAGGCAAAGUUAAAACAGAACAUAGCCUAGGAGCUUCAUUCCAGUCUGUCUGUGUACAUGGCAGGCAGGAAUUUCAUGGCUACUGUUGGAAUGCAUUCCAACUCUUGAGGUUGACAUUGCCGUAUAAGUUGUUUGAUGUAUCUUAAUCUUUUUUUUAUUUUGUUUUGUAUAUCAGCUAAUCAAUAUAAGUAUUGAAUGUUGUAAAAAACCACCCACCAUAUUCUUUUUUAGGUCACAUUUAAUUAGAAGAAGUUUAUCACGCCUGGUCGAGGCUGGCCGGCGCCCUUAGGUGAAGUGGCGGAGAAGAUAGGGUAUGUAUGGACCCUGCUAUUUUGGAUUUAAUGAGCAAGAUAUGUAGAAGAUAAGUAUUUAGGUGGAGGCAGGCCCGUACUCAUAAAUGCAUGACACACUAAUGAUAGGUCAGUCACAUUUGACUAAAAUGAGCAGCGGUGCCAUUAUUGAUUGAAAAGAAGAAAAGCAAAAAAAAAAAAAAAAAAAAAGUCGUUAUUCCAACGGUUACCAUCUAACUAAUUUAAUUAACACUUUGGAGUUGAAGGUGUUUCGUUUUCAUCCUCUUGGAUUGAAAGGUUGCAAACAUGAUCCAGGACUGCCACUAGCUGCGUAAAAAAGCUUGAAGACUUCUGCGGGUGUUGUAAUGAGAUUUUUCUGAAUUUCAAGUUGUUCUUUUGGAACUGGAAGAUAUUUUUAGCAUGGCGAAUGUAGGAGGAGCCUUAGGUGGUGGUGGAGGAGAAAAUUUAGCAAGAGCAAUGAGUAGAAGAUCAUCAUUAGGAGGAAGUAAAAAAAGUUGGGCAUCGUCAAGUGUAAGAGAAGUUUUUACUACAGCACCAAAUUCUGACGGAUUUCAUAGUAGUACAAGGCGUGUAGAAGAUGAAGAAGAAUUGGUAUGGGCAGCAAUUGAAAGGUUACCGACUUAUGAUAGAGUUAGAAAAUCAGUUAUUUCUCAGGUUACGGGGAGCGGAAGAAGGCGGCAUAAUGAAGUUGAUGUUGCGAAGUUGGGGUUGCAAGACAAGAAACAGUUGAUGGAUAGUAUACUUAAAGUUGUUGAAGAAGAUAAUGAAAAGUUUCUUCACAGACUUAGAUAUCGUAUCGACAGGGUUGGAAUUCAAAUUCCUAAAAUUGAAGUUCGGUUUGAGAAUUUGUCAGUAGAGGGGGAUGCAUUUGUUGCAAGCAGAGCACUCCCGACUUUGUUCAAUGCUUCGCUGAACGCCAUUGAAACCAUUCUUGGUUUUGUUCGAUGUUCACCGUCUAAGAAAAGAGUUAACAAGAUACUUCGUGAAUUGAGUGGAGUAGUAAAACCUUCAAGGUUGACAUUGCUACUUGGACCUCCAGCAUCAGGGAAAACAACAUUUUUGCAAGCACUUGCAGGGGAGCUUGAUAGAAGUUUACGGGAAACUGGAAAAAUUACUUAUUGCGGCCACGAAUUCUCAGAAUUCAUCCCUCAGAGAACCUCUGCAUUCAUUAGCCAGCAUGAUCUUCACUAUGCACAGAUGACAGUCAGGGAAACGUUGGAUUUUUCCGGACGCUGCUUAGGAGUUGGAACCAGAUAUGACAUGUUGACAGAGUUGUCAAGACGAGAAAAGCAGGAAGGAAUAAAGCCAGAUCCUGAGAUCGACACAUACAUGAAAGCGACAGCCGUAGAAGGACAAGACAGCAGUUUCAUUACAGAUUAUGCUCUUAAGAUACUUGGGUUGGAUAUUUGUGCUGACAUUAUGGUGGGAGGUGCAAUGCAAAGGGGUAUCUCUGGAGGUCAGAAGAAGCGUGUGACAACCGGAGAGAUGUUGGUUGGUCCAGCAAAAGCUCUUUUCAUGGAUGAAAUAUCAACCGGGCUAGACAGUUCGACUACGUUUCAGAUUAUUAAGUUCAUGAGACAAAUGGUUCAUGUCAUGGACAUGACUAUGGUCAUAUCUCUUUUGCAACCGGAUCCUGAAACAUUUGGGCUCUUUGAUGAUAUUAUUCUACUUUCCGAGGGUGAGAUUGUUUACCAAGGUCCCCGCGAAGAUGUUCUUGAAUUCUUCGAAUGCAUGGGAUUCACAUGCCCUGAAAGGAAAGGCGUUGCUGACUUUCUGCAAGAGGUAACUUCAAAGAAAGACCAAGAACAGUAUUGGUGCAAUAGAGAAGAAACUUACAGAUACAUCUCAGUAUCGGAAUUUGCGCAGUGCUUUAAAAAUUUCCACAUUGGACAACAACUUUCAGCGGAACUCAAAAUUCCAUAUGACAAAUUUAGAGCCCAUCCUGCUGCAUUAGUGGAUUCAAAGUAUGGCAUCUCCAACAAGGAACUCUUUAAGGCAUGCUUCUCGAGGGAAUGGUUGUUGAUGAAACGCAACUCUUUCUUAUAUGUUUUUAAAAUCAGCCAGAUAACAUUUAUGUCAAUUAUUACGUUUACGGUGUUCUUUAGAACAGAAAUGAAAGUGGGUACAAUAGAAGGUGGAGGAAAGUUUCUUGGAGCAUUAUUUUUCAGCCUGAUUCAAGUUAUGUUCAAUGGGGUAGUGGAGCUCAGUACGACUGUCUUUGCACUGCCUGUGUUCUAUAAGCAGAGAGAUUUGCUGUUCUUCCCUGCAUGGGCUUAUGCUUUACCAAUUUGGAUCCUCAGGAUUCCAAUCUCUUUGAUGGAGUCAGGUUUAUGGAUCAUUCUUACUUAUUACACGAUUGGGUUUGCUCCUGCAGCCAGUAGGUUUUUCCGACAGUUCUUGGCAUUUUUUGGUGUGCAUCAGAUGGCUUUAGCUCUUUUUCGCUUCAUAGCAGCACUUGGAAGAACAGUGGCUGUUGCGGACACUCUGGGCACCUUAUCAAUCUUAUUUGUUUUUGUACUUGGAGGAUAUAUUGUUGCCAAAGAUGAUCUUCCCUCAUGGAUGAGUUGGGCAGUCUAUGCUUCUCCUAUGAUGUAUGGUCAAAAUGCCAUUACCAUAAACGAAUUCCUUGAUGAAAGAUGGGACAAGCCUCUACCUAUUGUUGAUUCCCUCACUGGUCAAUCCACAGUUGGAAAGGCCCUUCUCAAAUCCAGAGGCUUGUUUCUGACUAACAAUUGGUUUUGGAUUUGUAUUGGUGCACUCUUUGCAUUUUCGGUUUUCUUCAACUUUCUUUUCAUUCUUGCACUAACCUAUUUAAGCCCUUCUGGCGACUCUAAGGCUUUGAAUACGCAUGAGGAUGACGAUGAUAAGAAGAAACCAAAGGAUGUCACAUUGCAAGAUAUUACGGGUUCAACUGGUUCAGAAAAAAGAAGAGGAAUGGUGCUACCUUUUCAGCCCCUUUCACUUGCAUUCAACCAUGUCAAUUAUUAUGUCGAUAUGCCUGCUGAAGUGAAGAGCCAAGGAAUUGACGAAACCCGUCUCCAGUUGUUAAGAGAUGUUAGUGGGGCUUUCAGACCUGGUAUACUGACAGCAUUAGUUGGUCUUAGUGGAGCUGGAAAAACUACCUUGAUGGAUGUUCUGGCAGGAAGGAAAACCGGAGGGUACAUUGAAGGAACAAUAAACAUAUCCGGGUACCCGAAGAACCAAGCAACAUUUGCUCGAGUUAGUGGUUACUGCGAACAGAAUGAUAUCCAUUCACCGCAUGUUACAGUUUAUGAAUCUUUAUUGUACUCAGCCUGGCUUCGUCUAUCUGCUGAUGUAAAGAAAGAAACACGAAAGAUGUUUGUUGAUGAGGUUAUGGAUUUGGUUGAGCUUCAUCCAUUGAGCAAUUCUCUGGUUGGUAUGCCUGGAGUAGAUGGUCUUUCAACUGAACAGAGAAAGAGACUCACCAUAGCCGUAGAAUUGGUUGCCAAUCCAUCAAUCAUUUUCAUGGAUGAGCCAACGUCAGGUCUUGAUGCAAGGGCUGCUGCAAUUGUCAUGCGCACAGUGAGAAACACAGUAGAUACAGGGAGAACUGUUGUCUGCACAAUCCAUCAACCUAGUAUUGACAUUUUCGAAGCUUUUGACGAGCUUUUAUUGAUGAAGAUAGGUGGGCAAGUCAUUUAUGCUGGAUCACUCGGCACUCGUUCACACAAGCUUGUAGAAUAUUUUGAAGCGAUCCAAGGAGUUCCAAAAAUUACGGAUGGAUACAAUCCUGCUACAUGGAUGCUCGAAGUUAGUUCUGCUUCUAUGGAAGCUCAGCUUGAUGUAGAUUUUGCAGAAAUUUAUGCCAAUUCCAGCCUUUAUAAGGAAAAUCAAGAACUCAUCAAACGGCUAAGCACUCCUGCGCCAGGUUCCCAAGACCUUCACUUCCCGACGGAGUAUUCUCAGGACUAUAUCACUCAAUGCAAAGUGUGCUUCUGGAAACAACAUUGGUCAUAUUGGAGGAACCCAAAAUAUAAUGCAAGCCGAUUGCUCACAACAUUGGUGAAUGGUGUUCUGUUUGGUAUCAUCUUUUGGCGCAAAGGAGACAAAACGUCCAAACAACAAGAUCUGCAAAAUCUUCUUGGAGCUAUGUAUGCUGCUUGUCUAUUCAUUGGUGCGGGUAACGCAAAUAGUGUUCAGUCUAUUGUGUCAGUUGAGAGAACAGUUUUCUAUCGUGAAAGAGCUGCGGGGAUGUACGCACCAUUGCCCUACGCAUUUGCACAGGUGGCUAUUGAAGUGAUCUAUGUUUUCAUCCAAAGCUUCAUUUACUGUCUUUUGCUCUUCGCAAUGAUUGGAUUUCCGUUCACGGCAGUCAAGUUCUUUUACUUCUUAUACUUCAUGUUCAUGUGCUUCAUCUACUUCACAAUGUAUGGCAUGAUGUGCGUAGUCAUGACUCCCGCUCCUGAGAUUGCUGCUGUUGCUAUGUCCUUUUUCUUAGGUUUCUGGAAUCUGUUCUCCGGUUUCCUGGUUCCAGUGACGCAAAUUCCAAUAUGGUGGAGGUGGUACUACUGGGCGUCACCUCUAUCUUGGACUCUCUACGGUCUAGUGACAUCUCAGGUCGGCGACAGGACCAACGAGUUGCAGAUUCCAGGGAUGUUAGUCAAUCCAACAGUGCAAAGUUACUUGAAGGAUAAUCUGGGUUUUGAAUAUGACUUCCUUAAAUGGGUUGUCUUGGCUCACAUCGGCUUCGUCCUCGCCUUCUUCUUUGUUUUCGCUUAUGGAAUCAAGUACCUCAACUUCCAGAGAAGAUAACCAAAUUCUAUAUCAAGUUAUUAAGUUGACAGGAUUUUGAUUUGUAAAUUAUUUUUUCUGAUUUUGCAACUGAAAUGCUAGCUAUUGUAAAUCUUCAUCACACUAAACAAAUUCAGGUCCA